AUGGAAGAAGGAACUCCAAUUCGAGAGAAGCCAAGAAAAGUUAAGGAUGAACUAUCAGAUCUCCGCGACCAAUUAUUGAAGAAGGCAGCCGAACUGGAUGAGCAUGUUCACUUCGAAGCAGCAAUGAGACCGCAUGUUGAAAAAUUAAAUAACGAAAUGGAUGAGCUUUACAGAAAAAUAUAUGAGCAUGAAUCAAAAAUCAAAAUAUAUAAAGAAAAAAUAGCACAAGAAAAUAAACGACACAAUGAUGCAGCAAAAAUGAAUUCUGAAGACGAAACAAAGAAUUUAAUUAACGAAAUUGCACAGUAUGAGCAAAAACUACAAGAUUUAUUAGAAGAGCGUGCGAAAUACAUUUCUCAAAUACCAGAAACAGCAUAA